UUGCUCCUUUUUUCGGCUUCUUAUGUGGGUAGUGAAAAUUUUCUAAGCCUAUUGUUGUUCCUUUUCUAAUUGGUAUCUGCAAAUUUUUUGCUUGGUUUCAGGACUCUGCCUAUGGUGCAGUAGAUAUGUUACAGUAGAAGCAAUGCUGGCUUAAUCAAAGGCAUCAACUGCAGAUAAAAAUAAUGUUCCUGUCGUGGACCUCCAUCAGAUUUAGUAGCUCUGGUUAUCUCUCAGUCAUGAGAUUGUUUCAGUUGUUGCUUUUCUGUUUGUUGAUGACCAUGGAAGUUCAGGGCGGUAUUCGAAAAUUAGGAUCUUCUUCACUGCCACGCAUUGUGAAUGUGGGAGCUUUAUUCACUUUCAAUUCAACCAUUGGAAAGGUGGCAAUGCCAGCAAUUGCAGCUGCUGUUGAUGAUGUUAAUUCCGAUUCAAGCAUUCUUCCAGGGACAACAUUGAAUGUUGUCAUCCAGGACACAAAUUGCAGUGGAUUUCUUGGAACCAUAGGAGCUUUUCAGAUGAUGGAGAAAGAUGUGGUUGCAGUAAUUGGUCCCCAAUCCUCAGGAAUAGCUCAUAUCAUCUCUAAUGUUGUUAAUGAACUCCAUGUUCCACUUCUUUCGUUUGCAGCCACAGAUCCCACUCUUGCUGCACUACAGUACCCGUACUUCCUCCGUACUACACAGAGUGACUAUUUCCAGAUGUAUGCAAUAGCAGAUAUAGUUGAAUAUUAUGGAUGGAGAGAGGUGAUUGCCAUAUUUGUGGAUGAUGAUUAUGGGAGAAGUGGGAUAUCUGUGCUGGGUGAUGCUUUAGCGAAAAAACGUUCGAAGAUAUCCUACAAAGCUGCCUUUCCUCCAGGGGCCUCCAGAAGUGCAAUCCAUGAUCUAUUAGUUGGGGUAAAUCUGAUGGAGUCUCGGGUUUACGUUGUACAUGUAAAUCCAGAAACUGGUCUAGAAAUUUUCUCUGUCGCAAAGUCUCUUGAGAUGAUGAAAAGCGGCUAUGUAUGGAUUGCAACAGAUUGGCUUCCUUCUGUUUUGGAUUCAUCAGAACCAGUUGACCUUGGCACAAUGGAUCUCUUGCAAGGGGUUGUUGCCCUCCGUCAUCAUACACCAGAUUCUGAUCUCAAAAAGAAUUUUAUAUCUCGGUGGAGUAAUUUACAACACAAAGGGAAUGCCACCUCCAGCUUGAAUUCCUAUGGAUUCUAUGCUUACGACACCGUUUGGUUACUUGCUCAUGCUCUUGAUGAGUUCUUCAAUGAGGGAGGGAAUAUUUCUUUCUCAAAUGAUCCAAGCUUGCAUGAUGCAAAUGGAAGCUCUAUACAUUUAAUGUCACUCCGUUUCUUUGAAGGAGGUCAGCAGUUGCUUCAGAAGCUGACUAUGAUGAACUUUACAGGUUUAACUGGCCAAGUUCAAUUUGAUUCAGACAAGAAUUUAAUCCAUCCAGCAUAUGAUAUCAUUAACAUUGGUGGGACUGGGUCUCGCCGGGUUGGAUAUUGGUCAAAUUAUUCACAUCUUUCAGUUGUUGCUCCAGAGAUCUUAUAUAACAAGCCCUCAAACACUUCUACCGGUAGCCAAAAGCUUUACAGUGUAAUAUGGCCUGAAGAAACUACGAAAACACCGCGUGGUUGGGUGUUUCCCUACAAUGGGAAACCUUUGAGGAUUGGGGUUCCUAAUCGAGUAACUUAUAAGCAAUUUGUGGCAAAGGAUAAUGACCCCAAUGCGGUGAGGGGUUUCUGCAUUGAUGUCUUUGAAGCCGCUGUGGGCUUGUUGCAGUAUCCUGUUCCACGCACAUACAUAUUAUAUGGGAGUGGUACUAGGACACCUAAUUACAACGAGCUUGUGACUAUGGUCUCCGAAAAUAAAUUUGAUGCAGCUGUUGGAGAUAUAACCAUUGUUACAAAUAGGACAAGAAUUGUGGAUUUCACCCAGCCUUACAUUGAGUCUGGCCUUACUGUGGUUGUUCCUGUUAAAGAGUCGAAAUCCAGUGCUUGGGCUUUCCUAAAGCCAUUUACAGUUGAAAUGUGGUGCGUCACUGCUGCUUUCUUUUUGUUCGUGGGAGCUGUUGUUUGGAUUCUUGAACAUCGGAGUAAUACUGAAUUCCGUGGUCCACCAAGGCAGCAGCUUGUAACAGUAUUUUGGUUCAGUUUCUCUACAAUGUUUUUUUCCCACAGGGAGAACACUGUCAGCACCCUUGGACGUUUUGUUGUGCUCAUAUGGCUCUUUGUAGUACUUAUUAUCAACUCAAGCUACACAGCUAGCUUGACAUCCAUCCUCACAGUUCAGCAGUUGUCAUCACGGAUCGAAGGGAUAGACAGCUUAAUCUCUAGCUCUGACCCUAUAGGUAUUCAGGAUGGGUCGUUUGCUAGGAACUAUUUGAUUGAAGAGCUUAACAUUGCGGAAUCCAGGAUCAUGACCCUGAAAACUGAGGAAGAUUAUCUAGAUGCUCUUCAGCGUGGACCCAAAAAUGGUGGGGUUGCUGCUAUUGUUGAUGAACUUCCUUAUGUUGAGGUCUUCCUAUCUGACAACAACUGCAAAUUCCAGAGUGUGGGACAAGAGUUUACAAAAAGUGGGUGGGGUUUUGCAUUUCCAAGGGACUCUCCUCUUGCAAUUGACAUGUCAACAGCAAUCCUUAAACUCUCAGAGAAUGGUGAUCUCCAAAGGAUGCAUGAUAAAUGGUUGUCACUUAAUGUCUGCUCCGAACAAACCAACCCAGCAGAUUCAAGCCGGCUAUCUCUCAAAAGUUUCUGGGGCCUCUUCCUCAUCUCUGGCAUUGCUUGCUUCAUUGCUCUUUUUGUGUUUUUUUUACGUGUCUUUUGUCAGUAUCGUAAGUAUGGACCAGAUGAUGAGGGGGAGGAGGAUGCUGACGUACUUGAACAGGAAAGAUCAACAAGCUCUCAGCGACCCAAUCGUUCGACAAGCUUCAAGAGCUGGAUUGAGUUUGUUGAUAAGAAAGAAGAGGAAAUCCGGAGGAAGAAGAAAGCAAGUUCAAGUAAACAAAAGCAAUCUAGUAGGAACUCAGAUGGACAGUCCAGUUCACCUUCUUGAGCAAUAUGUUCUUCAUAUACUAUACCAACACAUCCUUUGUUUCAUAAUAGUAACAAGUAGGUAGGGGUGGAUCAAAUGUACAAGUUACCCAUAUAUAUAGUUCAGAGAAGGAGAAGGAAGUGAGGAAAAAUAUUCUCACCUUACAUGUAUUCUGUAUUUGUAUUAUAGAAAAGUAUACUUCAAUUUUUUAUUUACCCUAUA